GUACACUGUACGUGCAGUACAUAUCAUGGGUUUGUAAUUGUAGCUGCUUGGUACCGGUACUGGACUCAAAGCUGAAAUGAAAUGACCUGAGCUAGCCGAUCAAAGUUAGCUAUCUGCCCUGCCGCGGAAGAAGCUGCAAGGGCGGACGCUUGAUGACGAUCCGAUAGUGUCGUUAGAAUGACCCUUAGCUCAUCGAAUUUCUGAUCUGCGUGACUAAUUUGAUACCGUAAAUUCUGGUUAAAAUGUCGCUCAAGGAAUUUGAGAAUGCGACCUUUGACCCGGAGCAGUACAUCGAGCAGCUGGCUUGGCGCACCCAAGGCGGCGACUCCAAGGAGGGGCCCCAGGACUUUGAUGCCAAGAAGAUGCUGCGGGCGUUUGAGAACACCAUCGAGGAGCUGAAGCUCCUCAGUAUGCGGAUGGAGGAGCGGACGGGGAAGCUGGAGGCCAGCAUCCGCUCAGAGACCAAGAACCACGCCAAGAGGGUGGCCCAGCUACAGGAGCACAACAAGAUGGCCUUCUUACAUUUCCAAGAGCUAGAUGAACACAUCAACAAUGUAGCUACCAAGGUGGUGCAUCUUGGGGACCAACUGGAAGGGGUUAACACCCCACGGGCCCGAGCCGAAGAGGCCAAGAGGCUCAUUGAGUACUUCUCAGAGUUCCUGGAUGACUUCGGACCCAAAGCUGAGGUCUUCAACGAUCCAUUCCAGCUACAAGACGCAGCAGACAUCAUUCAGAAAUUGCAGCUGAUUGCACAAGAGCUUCCUCAGGAACAAUUCGAAAAGCCGAAGCAAAGAAUACAGGAUAAGUACAAUCAGAUUGAGGAAGACCUGAUCACUGAGUUCAGAGCGUCCUUCCAUGAGGGCAGUGUGGACAGGAUGAAAGAGUUAGCCAGCAUACUGGCACACUUCAAGGGGUAUCACCGGUGCAUUGAUGCAUUCAUUGAAGAAAGCCAAGCGAAUACCCACAUUUUCUUCGAUGUAUAUGAAGACUUGAUCCCACUUUGCAAAAAGGUUAAUAACUUGGUUCAUCAAGUCUUCAGCAGUCCAGAGAGUGUCAUGGGAAAGUUUGUUCUCAACCUGUACGAGGUCAAGCUUCAGGAACAUGUUAAGGAGAGACUGACCCCCCAGGAGGACUUGGAGCACUACCUGAAGGACCUGCAUGACCUGUACGCCCGGACGGGCCGGCUGACCGCUGCCCUGUCAGACUAUCGACUGGGCUCGGACGCCCACUUGCUCAGCCGGCUGACCAAGCACAUCUUCGGCAACUACCUGCAGAGCUACAUUGCCCGGGAGGAGAUGCACCUGCGAGAGCGGAUGUCGGAAAACCUGGAUAACUACUACCGGAGCAUGAACCACCAGAAGAAACCCAUACAGCCUACGGGAGGCUUGCAUGACCUGCAGCACAAACUCCGCACGAAGACGCCGCUGAACAUCGGCUCGUCGGGACCCCAGGUGGACUUCAAGGGGGAGACCUUCCUGUCGCAGGAGAUUGCUCUCAACCUGCUCAAUGAAUCCAAGCAGGCGUUCAGCAGAUGUCAGCUGCUGUCCAGCCAGUCGGAUCUUUCCGCCCAUGCCAUCACCAUAUUCGACAUCCUGAUUGAGUACCUGUGCACCGAACACAUCGAAUACGCCCUGGAGAUCGGUCUGCAGGGCAUCCCCACCUCGGAACCCAAGAACCCCCCACAGACGUACUUCUUCAAUAUCGCCGGCGAGGCCAACGCCAUCUUCCACUUGUUGGAGAAGCAGUUCAGUGACGUGCUGGUGCCGCUAGUGAGAGGCGACACCCCAGAGUCGGUGGCAAUGUGCUUAGUAAGUUCUUUGCCGGCUCAUAGCGACUGUGUACAAAAAAAGAAGCAGAUCACAGAACAGUUGGAGUCCAAGAUUGAGACGGGUCUAGACAGGACGUUGGCCACCAUCUGUGGAUGGAUCAAGUAUCUGUUGGACAAGGAGCAGAAGAAGACAGACUUUAAACCGGAAUCGGAGGAAGGGCCCAUGGAGCUGUAUUCCAAUGCAUGUGCUAAAGUUAUCCCCUUCAUCGAGAAGCAAGUCGAGACGAUCAAGCGCUGCCUGGAUGGGAAGAAUAUCACGGCAGUCCUGAUGGAGUUUGGCAUCAGAUUCCACCGCGUCAUCUAUGACCAUCUCCAGCAGUUUACCUACAACUCCUUAGGUGCCAUGUUGGUGAUCUGCGACGUGAAUGAGUACCGCCGCCUGGUGAAGUCCUUCAAAGUUCCUACGGUCAACGCUCUGUUUGAGAAGCUGCACGCCCUCUGCAAUCUCCUGGUGGUGGUCCCCGAGAACAUCAAGUCGGUCAUAACCGGGGAGCAGUUGAGUGGCUUGGAGAAGUACACCAUCAUGUCGUUUGUUCAGCUGAGGGCUGACUUCAAGACGGCCAAGAUUGCCCAGCAACUCAGGUAGCAAGGCAGGGAUAAGGUAAAAAAACCCUUGACCUCGGCCAAGUCUUUACGCCAAAGGCUUCCCAAAUCCUGAUGAAAAUGCAGUAUACUUGCCUUUCCCUUCUUUUUUGCUGUGUGUCCGAGAGAAAAAGACACUCAGGUUAAAGUUACCCACAGAUUGGUUCUUGGGGACCGCACGACUUGGAAAAUACCAAAUAACCAUAGCCCAUCAGACUAGCAACUAUUUCUACUUCAUGUUGAGAGAAAAACACAGUAUAACGAGGACUGAUGAAAGCAUGUCAUAUUCAAAUUUGGUUAUACAUGCGUUGAGGAGCCUGAACCCUGGAAUUGAAAACAAAAAACUGGAUCAAAGGCAUUUCUCCCACAAAAAUGAGAGUCAUUUGGCAUCUUGUUGCUACUCUAAGAUCUGGUCCUACAUUCCAGUUGUCUUUCAUCUUAGCUCAUCUUCAGCAAAAAACCUUUAAAAGGAUAGCACUUAUAACACGCUUUUAUUUUGCUCUUACUCAAGCCAUGCGGUAUUACUUACUCUAAUUUUGUAUAUACUUCAGCGUUUGCAUGCAAGUCAAGGGUAAACAAUUCUAAAGAUUCAGUGAGCUGCAUGGUAGUUAGCCAGAUGCAGUAGCUAGAUCAACCCAACUAGCUUUCUCAGAUGAGUGCGAUAGGCAAGCUAUUCUGGGACCCCCUCCUGUCUCCGUGUGGCACGUAGCGUUUCAACAUUUAACCAUUUAACCAGCAGGUUGGUAAUGGGAGACGGAGUGAGCAAAAAUAUUUGCCACGUGACGUAUUGCGAAAGUGACAAACUGUAUUUAGCACAGAUACGUUCACUGUGCACGCAAAUUAUUGAAAAAUAAGUAAGUUAAAUCUCCUUAUUAGAUGCAAUCAUAUGAAUACAUGCUGUGAUAGACUAACAUAAACUGCUGAACACACCUGACAGCAUGCUAGAAAGGGUCACAAGAUACAUGUAUUAUCAUUUUGUGGCAAAUGUUAGAGUAUAAGAAGAAAGUCUAUGCAGACAACACUUACGCGGAGUGCUUACAUUAUGCCCAAAGGAAUCAAGAACCUGCUACAUUGUUCUUGCCCAAGUAAUGAUUUGAAGUUUAUCAUUCAGUUGUAUGUAAAAUUCAGCUGUAGGAAAAGCAUAGGUUUAUGUAAUGUUAAAUGAAAGAAGGCAAAACAAAGAGGAAUGUCAUGAGUUAAUCCUCGCCGAGGCUCAUCAUUGCGUUGCUUGUUAAUUAAUGAAAUUAAGGAAUAAAGUGUUCAUAAAAAUUGCUGGAGUUGAAUGGCAAUUAUGCAUUGACUUGUUCGGAAGGUCCAUGAGAUUUGAAGAUGUUAGUUACAAAACGUGACAGCAGUAACACAUUUGAAAAGGUCAUACUUUUGAUUUAGUCCACUUCAAUUUAUAUGGUUUUAAAUAAUGCAAGCAUACAUUUUUCUCUUUCAAAUUAAAUGUUCAAAACUAUAA